CUGCCUUUAGCUUGGCAUUGUGCAAGGGCCUUUAGUCUCACAAAGCAGCGCUCAUUCCAGUUUGUUCUAUACUUCAAUGUACGAAAAACUGAGCGGCAAGUUAGAGAAAUCCUCAUUUUCAAAAAGUACAACUCAAUGACGGGUCAGAGAAACUUCAAUUUUUUUAAUCAGAUCACGUCAGCCUAUCAAAGACGCACGAUUCGCCGAAAAUACUUAACCUAACUUUUGGCAUGGUUCACUGAUGUGCACGGUAUGAGUAAGUGCAUAUGAUAGAAUCGCGGUUAAAAAGAUGUAUCACUACCAUAUCAUGAGGUGGUUAUGUUACUAAAUAACUCAAAAACAAUGGAAUUUUUAACAUUAGAGUUGAGACCACUACUACAAUCAUGCAACGCAUUUAUUGCUAUGCGAAAAGAUCUAAAUUUAAAAGAUGUUCGAAUCGAGCUUUCGAAAAAUAGCAUAGCGUUAAUACUCAAGGAUCAUAGUAUAAAUUUCUCAUUACCAUUUAUAAGAAUUGUACCUACUUCUCUAUCUAUGUUAAUUAUAAAAGAUAAUUGGGUCUGCUUUCGUUUACAAACGAUGCCGUUAGAUUUGGUAUUUGGGUCUUUUAGUACAGAAGUGGUAACUGAUCCCAGCAAGUCACUCCAGUUGACUUCUUGUUUGCAGCCAAUUUUAGAAGAUAUUAAAUUGUUGUUUAAAGCGUCAGAAUGCGUCGUAUCGUGCGCUUGUUGUAAGAAUGUCAUCUCAAGAGCAACUGCUUUUAAGAGAAUUCUACCUCUACCUGAUAUACAGUGUAGUCCAGAUGAGUGGUUCUGCUGUAAGCAUAAUUCCGACAACAUUAUAAAGAACAUAGAAACGCAAGAGUCUGAUUACUUGUACGGGUCUUAUUUUGCUCUUUUGUGCAAAAGUAUAUUUAUAAGUAGUCUACACAUAGAUAAUAAAACAUUGAUCUGUGAUAAAUGCUUUUUACAUAUAGGAACACUUCAUUCGUGUAAUUUAUUCAAAAUAUGGAAUUGUUGCGUGGACUAUAAACCUCAAAAUGAAGCAUUAAAUACUGUGAAUGCUACUGACCCAUUAAAUGACUUUUUAACGUUCAUUAAAGACUCGCUUAGUGAUGUAUUAGGAGAAGAGAUUAUCCUGCAAACAUCUGUCGGCAAGCAGACUCAUUAUCUUCUGAUUAAACCAAUGGAUCGCGCAUUGAAUUUAAUUACAGAACCAAAUAAUCAUCAAACAAUCAGUGAUACUGAUACAUCUAUCUCCUUGCAGCAGAAAUAUGUUGCCAAAGUUUUAUAUAAGUAUGACACAAAUGAAAUAGCUAGCACCAAUAAUUAUUGGAACACUGAAUAUCAUGAAGUAGGUUUACCUAUGAUCGAGGCUGGAUUAAAACAUUUAUUGUCGUCGACGAAACGUCUGCCUCACGAUUAUAGAAAUGUUGCAGACUACUUUCUUGGUUACAUAAUACUACGAGAAAACGAAAUGAACUAAAUAUUAUAAUACUAUCACCGAACAAUGUUAAUUUUUUUUAUAUUUUUCAUAUAUUUUGUAUACUUAUUUUUAUACACAAUAAAGAACUGUAUGUACUAUGUGCAUAUUUUUCAGCAACAA